GGUCGCCCGCGCCCCGCCGAGCGCCUCCCCUUGGCCGCAGCGGCCGGGAGCCGGGCGGUGGGGGGGGCGGGCGGGCGGCCUCCCUCCCGGGGCGGAGCUCGGACGCCAGCGGCGGGGGCGCGGAAAUCGAGGCCGGGGCUCCAUCGCGGCCUGCUGCUGCAGCGGGAGGAGGCGGGAGGCCCGCCCGCCGCCGCCGCCGCAGCCCCCGCCGCCGGCCUUUGUCUCCGCUGGGCUGGGUGGACGCGGCGGGGGCAGUUAGAAUGGAACACACUGAAGGCCCUAUGAGAAGAAGGGAAAGCUAAGGAUGCUGGAGCAGAACAAUGGAUUUCUCUUUCUCUUUCAUGCAAGGGAUCAUGGGAAACACAAUUCAGCAACCACCUCAACUCAUUGACUCCGCCAACAUCCGCCAAGAGGACGCCUUCGAUGGCAGCAGCGACAUUGCUGAAGAUGCUGGGCAGACGCCCUACGAGGCGGCGCUGCAGCAGGGCUUCCCUUACCCUGCACCCGCAGCCGAGGAGCUCCCCCCCCUCACCAACGGCUACCCCCCGACCAUCAACAUGUACGAGCCUCAAGCCAAAUACCAGGCGUACCCCCAGUACCCCAAUGGUUCAGCCAACGGGUUCGGUACCGUCAGGAACUUCAGCCCCCCCGAGUAUUUCCAGCUGGACCACUCGAGCGCACGGCCGCACGAUGCGGUGGAGAAACCUUCUCCUCCACAGCCACCGCCUCCACCACCACCACCACCACCACCACCUUCGGUCCCGGCGGCGGUGAUUCCAAAGAAGACUGGCUCACCAGAGAUCAAACUAAAAAUAACCAAAACUAUCCAGAACGGCAGGGAAUUGUUUGAGUCCUCUCUCUGUGGGGACCUUUUAAAUGAAGUACAAGCGAGUGAGUAUGCUAAGGCGAAACAUGAAGGGAGGAAAGAGAAAAGGAAAAAGAGUAGCAAGCAUGACUCUUCCCGCUCGGAAGAGCGCAAGUCACACAAAAUCCCCAAGUUAGAACCAGAGGAGCAAAAUAGACCAAAUGAGAGGCUUAGCAUGCUGCCAGAAAGACCCAGAGAAGAUGCAGUGUUGGAGGAGACCCCGGUCCAGCAGUUCUUACCUUCUCUUCCAACACAAGGCCCCCAUGACAUCAAGUUUCAGGUUGGCGAUCUGGUUUGGUCCAAGGUGGGAACAUACCCGUGGUGGCCUUGCAUGGUUUCGUGUGAUCCGCAGCUUGAUGUUCAUACCAAAAUCAAUACAAGAGGUGCCCGGGAAUACCACGUCCAGUUCUUCAGCAACCAGCCGGAGCGGGCGUGGGUGCACGAGAAGCGGGUUCGGGAGUACAAAGGCCACAAGCAGUAUGAGCAGUUACUGGCUGAGGCUGCUAAACAGGCCAGCAACCACUCCGAGAAGCAGAAGAUUCGCAAACCAAGGCCGCAAAGGGAGCGUGCUCAGUGGGAUAUUGGGAUUGCCCAUGCUGAGAAAGCCUUGAAAAUGACUCGGGAAGAAAGGAUAGAACAAUACACCUUCAUUUAUAUAGACAAAGAGCCAGAGGAGGCUUUGUCAAAAGCCAAAAAGACUGCUGCUGCUAAAUCAGAGACCAAGAAGAACCGGCGACCCAAGCCAGCGCUGAGCACCCAGCCUGACCCUGCCACUGGGGCAGCAGCAUCGCCUUCGAGCGCUGAGGGGCGGAGGCAAAGCCAGCGGAGGCAGUCGAGUAUGGAGGAAGAGGAGGCUCCUCCAGUGAAAAUCGCCUGGAAAACAGCUGCAGCCAGGAAAUCCUUACCAGCUUCCAUCACCAUGCACAACCUGGACCUCCAAAAGUGUAACAUGUCUCCAGUUGUUAAAAUUGAACAGGUUUUUGCCCUUCAGAAUGCUGCUGGGGAUGGAAAGCUCAUCGAUCAGUUUGUUUAUUCCACUAAGGGAGUUGGGAACAAACCUGAAAUAAGUGUCAAGGGGCAAGAGAAGCUGAACUCUUCAUCAGGUCAGAGAAAUGAGAAAGCAGCGGUGCAGAGCGCGUCCUCUCCUGAAACGACUUCGGGCUCCACAGGUUCUGUAGAAAAGAAGCAACAGAGAAGAUCGAUUCGAACCCGCUCAGAGUCUGAGAAAUCCACCGAAGUUGUGCCAAAGAAGAAGAUCAAAAAGGAGCAGGUUGAAAUGGUUCCCCUGACAGCAGUGAAGACAGGAUUGCAGAAAGGUGCCAGCGAGAUUUCAGAUUCUUGCAAGCCUUUGAAGAAGAGGAGUCGAGCCUCAACCGACGUGGAACUGACCAGCUCUGCUUACAGGGACACGUCUGACUCCGACUCCAGGGGACUCAAUGACUUACAGGGUAGUUUUGGAAAGCGUUCGGACAGCCCCUCAGCUACUGCGGAUGCUGAUGCCUCUGAUGUGCAGUCAGUGGACUCCAGCCUGUCCAGGAGAGGGACUGGGACAAACAAAAAGGACACUGUUUGUCAGAUCUGUGAGAGCUCCGGCGAGGCUCUGGUGUCCUGCGAGGGCGAGUGUUGCAGUGUCUUCCACAUGGAAUGUCUUGGCCUGAAGUCGAUGCCUGAGGAGAAGUUCAUCUGCGCUGAGUGUAAAAAUGGAGAACACACGUGCUUCUCCUGCAAGCUCCCUGGCAAGGACGUGAAGCGCUGCUCGGUCAACACGUGUGGCAAGUUCUACCACGAGGCCUGCGUUCGGAAGUUUGCCACGGCUCUCUUUGAGUCCCGGGGCUUCCGCUGCCCGCAGCACUGCUGCACCGCCUGCUCCAUGGAUAAGGAUAUUCAUAAAGCAAGCAAAGGUCGCAUGGUGAGAUGUUUCAGAUGUCCCAUUGCCUAUCACUCAGGAGAUGGCUGUAUUGCUGCAGGAAGCUUGUUUGUGUCAUCCCACAUUCUCAUCUGUAGUAACCAUUCCAAAAGGAAUCACUCCUCAUCAGCUGUAAAUGUAGGCUUUUGUUUCGUUUGUGCAAGAGGGCUGGUAGUGCAGGAUCAUUCAGACCCCCUGUUCAGUUCAUAUGCCUAUAAGUCCCACUACCUACUGAAUGAGUCAAAUCGUGCUGAGUUGAUGAAAUUACCUAUGAUUCCUCCUCCUUCGUCAGCUUCCAAAAAGAAAUGUGAGAAAGGUGGAAAGCUGUUGUGCUGUGAGUCCUGCCCAGCUUCCUUUCACCCCGAGUGUCUCAACAUAGAAAUGCCAGAGGGAUGCUGGAAUUGCAAUGACUGUAAAGCUGGCAAGAAGCUACGGUACAAGCAGAUCGUUUGGGUCAAGCUUGGGAAUUACAGGUGGUGGCCAGCAGAGAUCUGCAAUCCCAGGUCUGUGCCUCUCAACAUACAGGGCCUCAAACAUGAUAUCGGGGACUUCCCAGUAUUUUUCUUUGGUUCACAUGACUACUAUUGGGUACACCAGGGCAGAGUUUUCCCUUAUGUUGAAGGAGAUAAAAGCUUUGCUGAGGGGCAAACUAGUAUUAACAAGACCUUCAAGAAAGCACUUGAAGAAGCAGCAAAGCGCUUCCAGGAACUGAAAGCACAAAGAGAAAGCAAAGAGGCAUUAGAAAUUGAAAGGAAUUCAAGGAAACCUCCGCCAUAUAAACACAUUAAAUCCAACAAGGUGAUAGGGAAGGUGCAGAUCCAGGUGGCUGACCUGUCAGAGAUCCCUCGCUGUAACUGCAAGCCCUCGGAUGAGAACCCCUGUGGCCUGGAAUCGGAGUGUUUGAACAGGAUGCUGCAGUACGAGUGCCAUCCCCAAGUGUGCCCUGCGGGAGAGCGGUGCCAGAACCAGUGUUUCACCAAAAGACUCUACCCUGAUGCUGAAAUCAUCAAAACUGAUCGCCGGGGAUGGGGCCUCAGGACAAAAAGGAGCAUUAAAAAGGGUGAAUUUGUGAAUGAAUAUGUUGGUGAGCUGAUAGACGAGGAGGAGUGCAGACUGCGCAUCAAGCGCGCGCACGAGAACAGCGUGACCAACUUCUAUAUGUUAACUGUAACAAAGGACCGGAUCAUAGAUGCUGGCCCAAAGGGGAAUUACUCUCGGUUUAUGAACCAUAGUUGUAAUCCAAACUGUGAAACACAGAAGUGGACAGUGAACGGGGACAUUAGAGUUGGACUGUUUGCUCUUUGUGACAUUCCUGCAGGGAUGGAGUUAACCUUCAAUUACAACUUGGAUUGCCUGGGCAAUGGGAGGACCGAGUGUCACUGCGGGGCAGAGAACUGCAGUGGUUUCCUCGGGGUGCGUCCAAAGACAGCAUUUGCAACAGCAAACGAAGAGAAGGUGAAGAAUGCAAAGUUAAAGCAGAAGAAGAGGAAAAUAAAAACAGAGCAGAAGCAGAUGCAUGAAGACAACUGCUUCCAGUGUGGAGACGGGGGAGAGCUAGUCAUGUGUGACAAAAAGGACUGUCCCAAAGCAUACCACCUCCUAUGCCUUAACCUGACUCAACCCCCUUUUGGAAAGUGGGAAUGUCCGUGGCAUCAGUGCGACGUCUGUAGCAACCCCGCCGUUUCCUUCUGCGAGUUCUGCCCUCACUCCUUCUGCAAAGACCACGAGCAGGGAGCGCUGGUGCCGUCGGCGCUGGACGGCCGCCCCUGCUGCUCCGCGCACGACCCUAAGUCUCCCGUGGCCCCCGAGUACUGGAGCAAGAUCAAGUGCAAAUUGGAAGCACAGAACCCCGCUGAAGAAGCCAAGGAGUGAAUUUGGUUACAAAGAGCCAAGAGAAGGGGACGGGCAGGCGAUGAACUCAAAGAGACUGCUUGGACACGUUCAGUCUUUGGCAUCGUCGUGCGCGGACUGGGAUGGGGACCAUUUCCUCCGAGCGAGCAGAAGCAGGCGGUGGUGGUUGGGUUUUUGUUGUUUGGUCUUUCUUUUAGCCUUGAAUGUGCUACAGCAGCUCUUCCUGUGGGCAACCAGAGACGUCUUGGCCUUCAGAGGAGAAACCUUUUGACAGUGCAGAGAAUAUUCCGUUUCCAAGCUGUUCUCUUGAGUGUAGAAAAGCAAAUCAUAGCAGCGUAUUUAUUUAUUUAAUUUCUAAAGGGUGUUGGAAGAUCUGGCUUUGCUCAGGCUUCGUGGCUUUAGAAACAAAGCAGCAAAGCCAAGGUCACUUCUGUGUGUAGUUUACAGCAAGGACAAAGCCGUCCCCGCUCUGUAGUGCUGAGGUGCCACACUGGCAGAUGUGGGGUUCAGACCAGGUGACCCUGAAAUGCCUCUAUCCCAGUGUUUACUGCUAUAAGGCAUUUGGAGAAGGUAGGUUAUGUUCACGUUAACCUCUGAAUGUUGUUGUCAAGCUUUUCCAAUGAGAAAUGAGGUGGGGGACUUCUUGGAAGGGCUCUUAAUGCCGGAUCUGGCAUUGGUGAUGGAGGGCAGGAGUUGCAUCUCCCUACUGGAGCUGUAAGUGGGUGCUUGCAGGCAGGUGGAAAUGCAGAAGGAGCUUAAUGGCACAAUAGGCAUUCCAUUCUCCUGCCUAACCUUCCUAGUCAGGAGAGCCUCAGCCUGCGAGCACACUGAGAACUGAAGUCUUAAUCCUGCCCAUGGGAGCGCUGCCAUUGACUUCUGUAGAGGGAGGAGGACAAAUCCCUGCUCUGUGCGUAGGUAUUUGUCACCUGCCAAGUCUGGGCUUGUUUCCCUGCAGUUGCAUUCAUGUGAUUCCUUCCUGCUGCCUUCCCAACCUCCCAUUAGCUUCAGAUCCGAGGAGAUUUGAGCCCGGAAGGAAUCAGACCCAUGUAUGUGUUUGCUUUGAUGGAAUGCUUAGGUAUUAUUUUUGCUGAGAGAGCUUCUGGCUUUCAUUUUUGUUAAUGGAGCUAAGGAAAAAUCUCAGCACUUCAAUGAACAGGGUAUUUUCCGCCUGGGUCACGGGCUGUGUUCACAGCAGCCAACGUGAGCCUCUUGAAACACUUCUCCCUUGCAUCUCCUCUGUUGGAGAGGCUUAUGAAGGGGCUGCUCCAGGAGGAGGUUCCUUUAAGAACCAUUCUCUUUCAUGUGCAAGGAGCCUGGAGAACUGCUUUCCCCUUUGGUGCACCCUUCAGCCAAGCACUGUGUGUGUGUCCCCUUGCCCUGGUACAGUUAGAGCCCACUUCUGACGUGGGUACUCGAGAAUAAGGUAUUGAAGAUAAGGAAUUCAUAUCAAGUGUUGCUGGCAUCUGGCUGAGUGGAGCCUUUGGGUUAAGAGCUGUGUCUUUAGGAGAGCUCCAGAAACGUGGUGACUUCUCAGUUAAGCCAAUCAAAGGCAGAAGAAGUACAUGGGAGGUGGUGGAAGGUGUCUUGCCUCUGGCUGGUGAUGUCUUAGCCCUCAGAUGAGGGGUUGGAAUCUCUUUGCGUGCAAUUAGAAAGGACAGAAUACACUACAGUGCCAUUAACUGAGCCAGCAGCUCAUCUCCUGAGCACCCAUGGGUGCUUGGGGUGUACCUGGGCGGGGGGAUUCAGUUAUGGUGCAGAGGCUCCUGGGCUCUGCAAAGCACUUCAUCUUGUGGUCCGUGCUACAGAGGACAUCCGAAACACUAACGUUGCUUGAAAGCAGUGCUCUAUUUUGGUACUUUUUACACCACAAAAAGCCCUUUGCAGAAAAGGCUUUUCUUUUUCUUCCUGUUUUUGGUGAUAAAUGUCUCUUUUUAGGCUCUUACUGGGGCUCUUUGCCCUUUUCAGCAGUGCCAGACGUAGCUCUUGCUGCAGUAGGGCCCAGUGUGUUUACUUCAGCUUAUUUAUUAGGCUUGAUCAUGUUCAGGUGAUGUUCUCUUGGGAAUACAGAGCGUGGCUAUGGGGUGAGUGCAGUUUUCACUGUGUCAAUGGUGUGAGGGCACCAGGACCCCCCUCUUGAGCGCUCCACAUGGAUGAGAG